CAGGCUUUUGUAAAACUCAGUGUCAUUGCCUAAUUUAUAACAUAUAAAAAGACAGAAACCGAGAGUCCAGUUUUCAGUUGAUUUUCACAAUGUACAGUCACGUUACUGUCAAGAAGGUGAACACUAUCAAAGCUGGCCAUGUACAGAGCAGCAGCAUUGGCGGUGGAAGCUAUGUGAAAGUAUCAGCAGGAGGCUAUGCUUCCAGUGUUUAUGGUGGAGCAGGAGGUCUGGGCACCAGAGUUUCUUCUACUACACAAAAUGUAGUACUCACAGGGAGCCCACUGAAACAAAGGAGCAGAGAAAUGGGAGCCAUCAGGAAUGAGAAGGAGAUAAUGCAGAACUUGAAUGAACGCUUGGCCACUUACAUAGACCAAGUGCACUCUUUGGAGAAGGCUAAUGCCCAGCUAGAGCUAGAAAUCAGGGAGUGGUACACCAAAAAUACUGGAAACUUGGAAAGAGAUGACAACCAUUACUUUCAAAUGAUUGAUGAUCUGAGAAAACAGAUUCUGAAUGCCACUAUGGAAAAUGCCGGCAUAUUACUGCAGAUAGAUAAUACAUGUUUGGCAAGCAGUGACUUCAAAAUAAAGUUUGAACAUGAGCAGGCAGCUCGAGCCUCAGCAGAAAAAGAUAUAUUUGAUCUGCGAAAGGUCAUUGAUCAUCACACCAUCUUGAAGACAGAAAUAGAGGCUCAGAUAGAGAGCCUCCAAGAGGAAUUAAUUUAUCUCAAGAGUAACCACACUGAGGAGAUAAAUGAGCUACGUAAACUAUCAAAUGGUGCCGUAGAUGUGGCACUGGAUGUUGCUCCCUCUGCGGAUCUUGGGAAAGUCAUGGAGGAGAUGAGAACACAGUAUGAGCAGCUGGUGGAAAAAUAUCGUUUGGAAGCCAAAUUUUUGUUUGAGAAAAAAGUGGAGGAAUGGAAUAUAGAGGUACAUAGUAACACAAGUGAUUUGGAAAAGUACAGGAGGGAAUUAACAGAAUACAGACAAAAUGUGCAAAAGCUGGAAAUAGAGUCUCAGGCUGAAUACAGCAAGAAAAAUGCAGCAGAUGUCACUUUGGAGAAUGUAAACACCCAAUACGCCAUGCAGCUGGCAGAACUGCAAGAACAUAUCACUAACAUAGAGACGCUUCUUCACCGAACACGGAAUGAUGUCAGCCACCAGAUCUCUGAAUUCAGUAUCCUGCUGAGUUUAAAGAGCCGGCUGGAGGUGGAGAUUGCAACCUACCGUAGUCUCCUGGAUGGAGAAGCUAAGUAGUUCAAUGUCCAAAUGAAGAUACACUGAAAGGUUAAUGGAAGAUAUACAAAAACUGGCAUGUGUAAAUAAAGCUAUACAACUGC